AUGACACCAGCUUUCAAGAAAACACUGUGCUUAGCAACAGUAGCUGCUUUUAGCCUUAUCUGCUCUGUUCUUGCAUUCUUUCUGUAUUUUGAGCCUCCAUCCGCUGUUUACCCAUUUACAGCUACAUUAGCUCAGAAGGAAAAUAAUGAAAGUGUGACAUCAAAUGAAAAGCCUAUAGUCCUGCUGUGGUUCUGGCCUCUUGGUUUGAAGUUUGAUUUCACAGCUUGCUCUACCCACUUCAACAUUGACAGCUGUGUUCUGACAGAUGACCGAUCCCUCUACAACAAAGCACAGGGAGUCAUUUUCUUCCAUAGAGAUAUAGACUGGUAUUUGCGAAACAUGCCGCAGGCUCCACGUCCAGCUUUCCAGAAGUGGAUUUGGUUCCACGUGGAAUCCCCGACAAACACAGCAACGAUACCAGGUCUGGACAACCUGUUCAACUUAACACUGAGCUACAGAAGAGAUGCUGACAUCACAGUGAGGAAUGAGCUCACUAUCAGGAAUUCAGCAACGAAAGAUGACUUUGUUCUGCCCAAGAAAGAUAAAGUGGUGUGUUGGAUUGUCAGUAACGUCAACCCAGCCACUGGAACAGCUGUGAGAGAAAAAUAUUAUCACGAACUGUCGAAGUACAUUAAGAUCGACGUCUUUGGUGCAGCUUUUGGUCACCGGUUGAGAUAUGAAGACUAUUACUCAACCAUUGCUAGCUGUAAGUUUUACCUCUCAUUUGAGAACUCGAUCCACAGAGACUACAUCACAGAGAAGGUUAACGGGCCCCUUGUAGCAGGGACGGUCCCUGUAGUUCUGGGUCCACCAAGAGAAAACUACCACCAGUUCCUUCCCUCUGAUGCCUUCAUUCACAUAAAUGAUUUCCCUGAUGCAAAGUCACUGGCAGAGUUUCUGCUCCUCCUGGACAGGACCGAUGAGGCAUACAUGCGUUACUUUGAGUGGAGGAAGUUCUACACAGCCACUCCUCAUCUCCUGUCUAUGAACAAUGAAUUCAUUCAGCCCAUUUGCCUCGCCUGCGACCACAUGUCAAGAGAUGAAGAUUUCCACGUAAUUCAUGACCUUUAUAAGUGGUACUCUUCAUGA